AGCGCUCGGUUCAAGCGGAGUAUGGGCUGGGACGGCAACAAACCGAACGCGCUCUUGAUUCAACAUGAGGUUGGAACUUUUCGUUCACUGGACAUUGAGCUGGACGGCCUUCGCAAGUGGCACGUAUGGGCACCCGAGAUCCACUCCAGUGUCUGUGCAGUGCACCCCAUCCUCAAGCUUGUGUUCUGAUGCUGCAGCACUGUGGCGGGGUUCAUCUGCCGGAAAAGUGUGCCACAAUACCAAUGACAACACAAACGGUUGUUGUUGUGACUCAAGGAAAUUACUCCCAGCAGAUGAUUAUCAGUGCAUGAUGGACAAUAAUUGUACUCUCAGAUGCAUCAAGCCGAAGAUCAUCGAUGGCAAACACAUUUUCCCCAUCACCUGCGACAUUGGGACCUACUGUCCGCUCAGUUCGCAUGGUACACCUCAGGUUUGCGGUGAAACUCUGCAUCCUGUGGCGAAAUCCAAGAAACAUGGCAGGUGCUGUAGCGAUAGGGACGACGUGCCUGAGGAGCAAAUUGCAAAGGGCUGCUGCAACCAUGGCAUUGGCAUGGAUUGCAUGGAUCCUGACAGGAGAGCUUGCUGUCUUGGGGUCACCAAUUCAGUGGAGGAUGAGAUCGACUGGUGCCAGCGGAAUUGCUCGCAGCCUCCACAAUGCUCCUGUGGUUUCGGCGUGGAUUGUCGUGCUACGCCCGGACGACCUGCAAGUCGAGGUAAACGGAGUUGCUGCCUGAAGGGCUAUGGAACGCCUUCUCCGCAUCAACACUGCCAGCUGGAGGAGGAGGACUGCUCCAAGUAUGCUCCCUGCCCACUGGACAGCAGCAAUGAAAGCCUGAUGGGACGCGACUGCAGUGAGUCAGGUAAGGAUCCUCAAAACUUGUGUUGCAUCUCAACUGCCGACCCAGCCUGCCGCAAAAGCUGUAAUGGAUACGUGCUGGAGCGGUGGGGGAUUCGCUUCGGCAUUACUGGUGGCAUUUUUGGUGGUGUGGUUGUAGCUCUUAUUUGCUCAUAUCAUUUGGCCAAGUGCUUGGUGAAGAGUGCGCGGUCCUUGGUUCUCAUGCAACCCGUGGUUGUGGUCAGAGAUGGAAGGAGUGCAAAGUUGAUCGCAUAUAAGGACCAUUAUGCCUUGAUCUGCACUGCUGAAUAUGGCGAUGCCUCAACAUUUCAAAAGCUUGUCAAUCCAAACAGAGACGGAGUAGACUUUGAAAUCUUUCUGCUAGGUCACAGAUACCGUAGGGAUCACGUGCACCGCAUACCGGAUGCUACAAAGACUCGGUUCUUGGCGGGCUUGACCAACGUUGUGCAGGAAAUUCAAGGCAGAGAUGGAGUGCUUGUCCUGAUACUCUUGUCUGGCCACGGCGCGGAGUUUUAUAGAUCCUUGCUUUGGGCUCCCCAGGAUGCAGAUAAGAAUGAUUAUCGUACAUAUGUCAAGCUGCAAGAUAUCUUUGACAGACUUGUACUCAUCCACAGACGUCACCGCGGAGAGCCUCAGGGAGGCUUUGAUUGCUCGAAAAUUUCUUCGAGGUCUCAUUUUGUGUUUUUCUUGGAUUUCUGCAGGGCCGAGAUUUCGCACCAGGCCCAGAUGUCUCAGGAUGAUCUUCGUGACCAGUGGAGCGAGCCGCCACGUGGCCUUUUUGGAGACAACAAUCGGGCAGCUAUCUCCUGUGUUUGUGCAACCGGCAGUGGGUGCAUGGCUAGGGACAGAAGUGAUGCCUCUCAGCAUCACAGUCCUUUCAUGCAGGCCUUUUUGGAGAAUGCCCCAAAUGGAGCGUGUUUGCAGUCACUCACAGAGUUGCUGGGUAAGAUGCAAGAAACCUUAGAUCGCACAUCUGAGGGCUUGCAACGAAUCACUUACACCCAGCUGGAUCCCAAAGCAUGCAACACCAGCAUCAUCCCGUGGGACAGGGAGGAAUGCAGAGAGCCCUUGCUGCAGUCAUCCAGCCAAUCCACACUUGUAGCGUCCACACAGCCGGACAGCCGCCCCACCUCCACAGAAAGCUUGGAUGAACAGACCUCCAUAGCUUGAGGGGGCUAAGUGAAGCAUACAGACGUAUAGGCUUCGCCUCCUAGUAGCAGGCGUUGAAAAAGGGCCCCACCUCCACAAAAAGCUUGGAUGAACAGACUUCCAUAGCUUGAGGGGGCUAAGUGAAGCAUACAGACGUACAGGCCUCGCCUCCAAGUAGCAGGCGUUGAAAAAGGGCCCCACCUCCACAAAAAGCUUGGAUGAACAGACUUCCAUAGCUUGAGGGGGCUAAGUGAAGCAUACAGACGUACAGGCCUCGCCUCCUAGUAGCAGGCGUUGAAAAAGGGC